UCUUCGACUCUCGAAGAGGCGGCACACCACGUGUUGGCCUCCUUCCACGCGGGCCGUGAAGCAGUUGGCGGCGAGGGCGCAGCACGUCGCCGACACCGAAUUCGGCAGUCGGGCCCGCGCCAGGGCGAGGAGGAGGAGGAGGAGGAGGAGGAGGAGGAGGAGGAGGAGGAGUGGCCCAGCAAGGGGCCGCCUGGCCUGCAAUAUAAGGGGCGACGAGGGUGCACCACGUCGCCCUCCGAAUUCAGCAGCCAAGCCCGCGUCUGGAACCGCAGGCAGGGAGGAAAACAUGCUGAUCAGUGGAUCGUCGCAGCUCAAGACUGCAGCGACCCACCCCCGAUAGGCGUGCAGAUCGCCCUCGAAGACUCAGGCGACCCAGGCGCGCUGGCCGGCCCGGACUGCCGCGCGCAUGGCGCCCCAGAACGGAGCGGCCAAGAAAGGCCCGCGGCGAGCCGGCCAGGCCGAAAAAGGCACCAUCUUUUCCGAGCUACACAAACUGUGGAAACCUAGAAGGCAGGCACGUCCGGCGCCUCGCGACCCGUGCCUCUGCGCACUGGCGCCGCGACGGCGGGGGGCCCCAGACUGCCGCUGCGCGGUCUACCGAGAAGGCGGCUGAGAAAGGCUGCGGUGAGCCGGCGCCACGAACACAAACUACCUGGGCGUGUCCGCCAGCCACUUCCCUCCCUCGGGCGACCCGACCGCACCCAGCAACCUCUCCAGAUCUCGACGCAAAACUGCAUGGGAGCAGCGAUGGCCAGGACGUCCCAGGCGCGACGGCGAAAAAAAACGGCCCUACGCUGCAACAGGCAAAGCGCAGCUUGCAACCCUGCCAGCCGCGAGCAGUCCAGCGGCGUGAAGGAACGGGGCUGGGCGUGCGCCAAAGCAAGUGCUGCUGGCAAAAGCUAGCUAAAGCCAGCAGCACUGGACGCGGCAAAUCCAGCUGGCAAAGGGCCAGCAGCACUGACGCGACAAAAAGCCAGCAGCCAGCUGCACAAAUUCCGGGACUCCAUCCCAGAAAGUGCUGCUGGCAAAAACAGCAGAACUAGAUGCGGCAGGCGUGCUGGCGCACGAACCACGCAUACGAGCAUCGGGCUUGGAGGGGACCCCGUCCCCGAUUCGCUCCCUGUGAAGGAGAGAUGGGCGUUGAGCAGCAGCCUGCCCUACCUCGCGGCCUAUCACCCUCCUUUCGCACUUUUGCUAGUGAAGGCCUGGAAACGGCUGCAAGCGUGCUGGCGCCCUGGCGAGCCAUCGGAUUGGAGGUCCAGGUGCGUGAGGCUCGCUCGGCAGCUCGGGCGGGCCGCCCGUUGCGUUGCGGUGGACGGCACGGCGGCCGGCGCGCUGCCUGGCCGGCCGACGGGGGCGGGCGAGAGGCGCGCCGGCGGCGAGAGGAGCACGCGCCUCCCGGGAGCGGAGAGAGGGCCCGCUUCCCUGCCGCAGCCCACCAGCACAAGCCAACACCCACCGCCACAAAGCCACCACGCCACCACCACCACCAGCGCCACCAGGGAGUC